AUGCAGGCCAGUUGUUUAUUGCAACGAGGUCCGAUCCGUCCCACGAUCUUGACCAGGACCUUCGCAUGCAAUCACCCUACAGCUAUUCAACGCACCCGCUCCAUUCUUCUCAAGAAGCAGGAUGUCCAGACCCGCAGACUUGCUCCCGGACUGUGGGUCUACAAUAAUGGCGGUAUCUAUGGAGGCGAGGCAGCGGUGGCCGUGAAUCAGACAACACAGCAAGUGAUAAUGCAGCGAUCCGGCGUCGCUACCCUCAACUCGGCGUCGUUUGCAGGAAGUGUACCAGCGCGGGCGCGGGGUGUUCACCAGAUCAUGAACCAUUUGAGCGAGCGCAUGGUCAAGGGCACAGCACAGAUAUUAUCCAAGCCUCAGCCCAGGACAAGUGCCCUGCAAGAAGCAGGUCGUCAUGGAUUCAGUCAUUCUUCCUCUCAACCACAUACAGCACACCACCACCACUUUCCUUCUUCCUAUGUGAACACCCCCUCAUCCCAAACACGCCAAUACAUCACUACGACAAAUCACCUCAACAAGACCACACCGGCAACUGCGACCAGAACAGCACACCUCGCCAAUCCUCUACGCACUAAAUUGGCGCCUUCAACAGUCCGCUCCCAGGCUGCCAAUGGAUCUAGUCGUACCUAUGCGACCCAAUCCUCGAAUUCGAGUGCGCUUGUCAAGUACACGCCACCCCCUACAGGACCAUUAGACCGCGUUGGACGAGCCAAGUUGUUGUCAGCUGCUCCAACGUUUCUGGCCCGACUCAAGAUCCGGUUCAAGUUGCUGUUAAUGCGCCAAAUCCGGCCGUGGCGGGUGGACGACUUUAUUGCGAUGUUUUCGUGGGCAUUCCUGGCGAAUGUUGCGUUUGUGCUAUUGGGCACAACGACGUUUUUUAGUCUUGUGCUUGCGGCGGCGAACAGUCUGCAGUUCCAAGGAUUUGUUGCGUCCAAGAUUAGCGACUACAUGACUGCAUCGACAGGAGUCAAGGUCAAGUUUGAGGCUGCCAUCGUGCCCAACUGGAAGGACGGCCGCAUCACCCUCAGGAAUGUCGUCAUGUCCAAGCGUGUAGUGGCGCCUCUGACCGAGGACGAAUCAUCCUCACUUACACACAAGGGCGAGGACCACUCUGGACACGGACAUGAACACGACGACUUACCUCCUCACAUUGCGACAGAAGAAGAGAUCGACACCAACUUCACAAUGUUUGAUGUCACCAUUGACCAAAUCGAUGUCACCCUGUCGGCCAAGCGGUGGCUGGACGGCAAGGGACUCAUCGAAGACGCUUCCAUCAAAGGCGUCCGCGGUGUCAUCGAUCGAACACAUGUAUGGUGGGAUCCAAAUGUGGAAUAUAUCCCAGAGGAGGCAAGACGGAAACAUGUACCGGGAGAUUUCGAGCUCGAGUCUUUGCAAUUGGAAGACAUGCUGGUGACCGUGCUGCAGCCUGACGGAUUCCGGCCGUACACUGUGUCGGUGUUCUCAGCACAGUUCCCUUGCUUCCGGAAACAAUGGAUUUGCUACGACAUGCUGUGUGCAGACUCGAUGGUCGGUAUGUUUGACGGCUGUCUCUUCAGUUGUUACACUGCUCAGAGGGAGAACACCGAUACCCAGACCGACACCAAGUGGAAGCGGACGACGCGGUUCAAGAUUGAUGAUGUCAAGAUUGAUCAUUUGAACGCUGGUGUGGAAGGUCCUUUUGGCUGGAUCUAUGCCGGCACAGUCGAUGUCACCUGUGAUGUCAAGAUUCCCAACGAGCCUGAAGAGGAUGUGUUGAGGAAGCUUGUGAACGAUAUCGUGGACAAGAUUGAUGAGGUCGUUGAUUUUGCCCCUCUGCCAUUAGUCUUUGGAACCGGCGUGAUCGGCGGCAAGGAUAUUGUUGUCUACCCCAACCGUGCAGCUGCUGCCUUGCACCAGAGGAUGAUGGAGAAGGAGGAGGAGGAGCGGAAAAUGUUGGCCUUGCAGCACCAGCAGCACGGACAUACCCACCAGCCUCAGACACCUCAGGAUGAACACCACCGCCUUCACCAUAUGAACACACAACACCAAAAGGUCGAACAGCAGUACAGACAAUACCAGCUUCAGCAACAACAGAACCAACAACAUCUUACAGAACAACAGCGCCAACAACACCAGCAACACAUGUCGAGACUAAACCCUGCCACCAUUACAGGAAAGACCAAGUCCAAGAAACCUGCUCUGGUGAUGGACUUUGAGUUCCGCUUCAACGACACCAAGGCUUCGAUUCCCCUCCAAACCGAGAGCAUGUCUUACCUCUCCAACGCCAUGGUCCGCCCCCUCGUCGCCUUUAUGAACAGCAACCGCACUGUCACACCCAUCCGCUGCCGCGUCGAAAUGGACCUCUCUGAAUUCGAUGGAUCAUGGACGAUCUAUGACUCGAACCUAAUGAACAACCUGUCGACAGAGGUCGGAAAGGCAUGGGCCAAUCUUGUGGCAGAUGAGCGAGAGAGGAACCGCAAGCUGAAGCGAGUGGGACUCUGGGGUCUUCAAUCGAUGACCCGCAACAUUGUCAGUGUCUACGACUAUGCCCGUGGUAACCGUGGCUUCUGGCACUACAUUGGCACCCAGUCCGUCUAA